AUGACGUUCAAAGUGCCAUCAAUGUUAUGGGGCCUGAUGUUAUGGGACUUCCCAUACACGUGUCAACCUUGUCUGCAGUAGCUAGCACCAACAACCAUGGCCAAUGAAGGAGGUCGGAUCCUUUUCAUUCGUGAGCUCGAAAUCGUCAAGAUCGUGCCUACCAAAGAGUCAAGGUUUCGCUUGAAAAUCACUGCUGGCGACAAGAAGCAAAAAACAGAAGUAAUAAAGAUCGAUGGGGUUGUAUAUGCACCCAUCUCAUCUUGGUGGAUGUCUCACAAUUUCACAAGCGACCUCGACUCGCAAGCCGUGGUUUUAUGGGAGCUUUACGGUCGUCGGUGGAUGAACCCGCAUUUCGAGGUCCUUGGCAGCGUCGAGAAAACACUUGGAGAAUUGUUUGAAGGGAGUACUAGUACGAGCGCUGAUAUACAUCUAUACAACGGAUCUUCCGAGGUCGCAGUCCUCAAAAUAUCUUGCAAGUUGGGCGGUGCCAAGGGUGUCAUGAUCGAUGUCAUCCCGAACAUCGAGAAACCCUCAGAAGGCUCUAAGCUUCUGGAUGGAAACGACACCCUGGACACGGUGCUUAAUGCUGUGAAGCAGAUGAUCGAUGUUCUCGCAGAUCCUCUUCCCAAGGUGCACCCCGCGGCUACCAUCGCUUGGGGAUUUCUGUCUAUUGGAUUCAAGAUCUUAAAGAAGCAGCACGACACGAAUCAAGCUAUACAUGAUCUUUACACAGACAUGAUAUCAGCAUAUGACGCGUUCAGCAAGGAUGAGAUCUUAGAGCGGCGUGUUCGGUUACAGGGAAUUUAUAAUUCCUUGUUCAAGCAGACCAUCGAGUGCGCCAUUUUCAUUGAAGGCUAUACAAAGGAGAGCGGGAUAAAGCAUCUCUUCGAGAUAGAUAUAUCGGGCCAAGCCGAAAUUUUUCGUCAGGCUUUCGUCAAUCUGAAGAACCACUUGAACAUGGGAUUUGCAAAGGAAGCAGUCAUUGUUACUCUCGGUGUCCAGAAAAGUGUGGAUGUUCUGGUCAUGAGAGAUCGGCUACGAGAUCUCCAUCCGCCUCAAGAGCUAGGCCCAAAAUCGUGGUGUAAGCAAGGAACGCGUGUUGCGACAAUCAACAUGAUGGUGUCGUGGAUUGCCCAGCGUGACGGCAAGACAAUGUGGUGCAAAGGAUUGGCGGGGACGGGGAAGAGUUCCCUGAUGGGAACUCUCCACGAGUUACUCACAACGAAUUUCGGAGGUCGCAGUCGGCUUGCAGCAUUCAUUCGCUACGACCGUAUCGAAUAUCCAAAGGCUAGCAAGUUAAUCGCCAGUAUCGCAUAUGCCUUGGGAAUGUUUGACGACCGUAUCGGGAUGGCCAUCUCCCUAGUUGUCCAGACAUUGCCAUCAGUCUUUCUACUCCGUAAUCCACUUGAAUCCGUUCCUGAUCUUGGUGAUGGAGGACCUCUGGUUGUCAUCAUUGAUGGAUUGGAUGAGUGCGACGCGUCUGAUGAUAUGCUGGCCAUCCUCGCUGAGGGAUUCGGUCCAAAACUUUCCUUUAUGCGCCUCAUUCUUUCCAGCCGACCGGUUCAUCGCGUAGUUACGGCGUUCGAGGGACGAGACUGCAUAUAUCCACUCUAUUUGGAUACCUCCUCGAAGAGUAUAAACCGUGAUAUCCAGUUCUAUUUGAAGCGAGAGUUUGCAACCAUACGUGACAAUGCAUUCCUGAAGAAGUGUAAAGAGCUAGAUGCUGUCAAUGAACUGACAGCACGGGCGAGUGGUUUAUUCAUUUGGGCAGCGACUGUUGCGAAAUUUGUCCAUGAAUUUCCGGGGAUAUCGAGGCUGCAGGUUCUCCUAGACACGAAAACCCCUAAUGACGCCACUGAGGCCCUAAUAACCUUAUACCGCACCUCUCUGGAUACUCUCGUGUCUGAACCAGGUACCAAUGCAGAUAUUAAGAAGUAUGUGCGAGGUGUUCUAGGUGCUGUGUUGGUGACCCAGACACCUCCAGGGAUGACAGAGGAUGUCCUUGAUAACAUUGUCCUACUAGGCGAAGGCAGCCCUCCUUCGCGUCACAUCGUGUCUAUGUUAGGAAGUGUACUUAGCCCUGAAACUGAGGACUCACCGAUCCGACUUAUACACAAAUCCCUCGAUGAUUUCUUGCAGGAUCGGAGUCGAUGUGGGGAUGAAUGGUUCGUCGAUGUCACUCUGCACCGCAAGGCAAUAUAUGAUCAGUGUCAGGUUGCAUCGAAAUCAUUUCUGAAGACAUGGUCUCCCAAAAGUAGUAGGGAUAUCGGAGCCGUACCGUCGUAUAUAUCCAAAUAUGCAGUGUUUGGAGUGUUCUGGUAUUCCGCUUUCAGCGAGAGUAACAUAGAACUAUUCACUUCCUUUUUCCGCCACUACUUUCUUCCAUGGUUGGACAUUGUUGUCACAGAUGACGAUGUUCUCCAUUUUGAAAUCAUGGACAUGAUCUGUCGACAACAUGGGCUAACACGCAUACCAUUCGAAGUCGAUAUCCGUGAUUCGGACACUAUCCACCGUGUUCUUCGAAGUUCCGCUGAGUUUUACUGUCACCUUCACCAUUCUAGCAAAGAGAGCCCCCUCACCGGAAAGGUCACACUCGAGUGUAUGAAACUCAAAAGGACAGGCGGCUCCUUGGAGUCUACCGGCGAUAACCUGAACAUCGAAGAUGUGAUUUUCGUUGAUGCCGAUCUGCGGACGGAAUAUGGAUUCAAAUUUACCAAUACUACAUUGGUGCCUCUUUAUGUUUCGAUGUUCCUUUUUGAUGUCAGUGAUUUGUGCAUUCAAGCACUCUAUCAAUCGGAUGCCCCCCUCCCCCCUGAAGAAUCAUUGUCCAUCGGGUACGGCUCCAAGGACUGGGAACGUUCAUGGUGCUUCAGCGUAAUAGAGGGACAAGAUGUCGAUGUUGGCUUCUUAAAGCUUUUCUUCUCGAUAGAGUAUCUAGACUGGUCGGCCAUCAUCCAAGAGUCACCCUUUGAAGGCCAUCGCCAGAGUGCUCCACCUCCGAUGAGGAAGAUACCUUCCCUAUGUCAUACAAUGUGUAUUCCAAUUGUUCAAAAAUGGGUAGUGGGUGCCUCGCGAGACUCCGGAGGCAGGUUACAUUUGCCAAGGCCGCUAGUAUGA